UCUCAGUGCGCCGGCGUCCCCUCGCUCUCUCUUGCGAUCGGGUCGACGUGGGCUGUUCUUUUCGCCUCUUUUCCGCGCGCGCUCCGGCUGCUCCGCUUCCCGGCAUCAUGACCGACGCGGCGAUCUCGUUCAUGAAGGACUUCUUGGCGGGCGGCGUGGCGGCCGCGAUCUCCAAGACCGCGGUGGCGCCCAUCGAGCGCGUCAAGCUGCUUCUCCAGGUGCAACAUGCAAGCAUGCAGAUCACAGCAGACAAGCAGUACAAGGGCAUCAUUGACUGUGUGGUCCGGAUCCCCAAAGAGCAAGGUUUCCUCUCUUUCUGGCGUGGCAACUUGGCCAACGUGAUCCGAUACUUCCCCACGCAAGCCCUCAACUUUGCUUUCAAAGACAAAUACAAGCAGAUCUUCCUGGGCGGUGUUGACAAAAGAACCCAGUUCUGGCGUUACUUUGCUGGGAACCUGGCAUCUGGAGGAGCUGCCGGAGCAACCUCUCUGUGCUUUGUCUACCCUCUCGACUUCGCCCGAACACGCCUGGCGGCUGACGUGGGCAAAGCCGGAAUGGAGCGCGAGUUCAAUGGGCUCGGCGAUUGCCUGGUCAAGAUCUUCAAGUCGGAUGGCCUUCGAGGGCUCUACCAGGGGUUCAACGUGUCUGUCCAGGGCAUCAUUAUCUACAGGGCAGCUUAUUUUGGUAUCUAUGACACUGCGAAAGGGAUGCUUCCUGAUCCAAAGAACACCCACAUCUUGAUCAGCUGGAUGAUUGCUCAGUCAGUUACUGCUGUUGCUGGCUUGACCUCUUAUCCUUUUGAUACAGUCCGGAGGCGUAUGAUGAUGCAGUCCGGCCGCAAAGGGGCUGACAUCAUGUACUCUGGCACAAUAGACUGCUGGCGGAAGAUUUCCCGCGACGAGGGCGGCAAGGCCUUCUUCAAGGGUGCCUGGUCCAACGUCCUCCGAGGCAUGGGGGGCGCAUUCGUCCUAGUCUUGUAUGAUGAAAUCAAGAAGUACACAUAAGCUCCUUCCCACUUGGGAUGAUGUCACAUUCAUGGACUGCGUCGAAACUAUUUAUCUGUUCCCACUGAGGUUUCUACCGGUUGGCAGAGGGGCCACAGUUCUGCUUGCCUGACCUGCUUAUUGAGUCAUUCCCUUGACAAUGGGGCUCAAACUUCAUUUUUAUUCAGUCACUCCUGUUAAAAUUAAGUUUGAGAGAAAUAAAAUAAAAAUCCUGUAACAAAA